UUUAGCUGCUGAGAAGGUGCUUGGUCGAGUUGCGACCAGGGCAACAUUCAGAGAAGAUUCUCAUGGACCCAGGCUGAGGGGUCAGACUGCAGAGCAGGACACAGCCAAGAACACUAACCUAUCAGCACAGUCAUUGCCAUCAGUAAGAGCUCAGUCAGAGCCAGAGACACAGAGGAAGACAAGGAUAACACCUGAAACAGAGAAGUUAAAGCUCACUCAGAAGAUAGGAUGGCUGAAUGAAACUUCCACACUGCAGGAUGAUAAAGCAGCAAAGAUCACUAGAAAUAGUACUAUAGUAAAAUAUGUAGGGCUUGAUACUGGCACAGUAGCAGAGUCCCCCCUUUCUGCUCCUGGCUGGCCAUCUGACAGUGACAGAUCCAGUGAACCCAUUUCAUCUAGCAAAAUAAAGGAGCCACACGGUCCAGGAGGCGUCACAAACAUAACAGUAUAUUCACAAACCUCUGGAUCUCUUCAUCAGCCAAACCAAACCAAUACAGCCAGAGAUGUCUCUGGGAUGAAAGGUGUAGUAGUACCAUCUCAGACAGUGGAGACAGCCAUUCUCAGUCCCACUGCAUGGUCAGAAAACCCCACUGAACCAGCCCUGCUGAUCCAGGAGUCAGACAGUGAUGGAGAAUCAAUAGGCUCAGGGAGAAAUACAUCAGUGAGGUUAGAUGAUUUACAGAUCCCACCUGAACCCAAACAGGGCUUAUGGCCUACAAGACAAACAUGGUCCUUAGAACCCACCAUAAAACCCAACCUUUUGGAAUUCAAGAAAAUAGAUGCGGAGGAGCUACUGAGGCAGGCUGUGAUUCCUCUGCCUCCAGUGCUACCUCCAAAUAAUAGCACUGUCACAGGGAGAAAGACUUUCCCAGAGGCUUCUCUGCCUCCAGUGCUAUCUCCAACACCUCAAAAUACCACUGAUAUCACUUCCACAUCAACAGGUGACAAAGCUUCAAAGAGACAAAGAGGCCGAAAGACUGUGACAAAGACUUUGACAGAUUCUGGACUAGUCAUGGAGAAGGGGGAUAAAGUUUUAUCCCAGGAAGAAGUUGAUGAGGACAAUGAUAAGGAAUCAGAGACAGAGGAAACAGAUGUAGGCGACAGCAAGUUGGCACACGACAUCACUCAAGUCAACACAAGGCAGUUUAAAAAUAAUGGGGGAGCCGUCAAAACUGAUGUUCUAACUGAGCUCAUGUCCCCGGAGCCGAGAGGAUCAGAGCGGGAACUGCCGCCUACCCCUCUACCUCCUGCCAGUGUGCCAGCCAAUCACCAACCAAGACACGCACUCAAAGAGCGAGGGACAGCCUAUAGACCGGGUCUUCGAGUGCAACAGGGACUUCAGGGCCCACCUGGUUUGACAGGGCCACCUGGACCAAAAGGGGAUAAAGGCUACGCUGGCGGGAUGGGCCGGACUGGACGCACAGGUUACCGAGGCCCCAUUGGUCCACCAGGGAUGCCCGCCAUCGUAGUGUUCAAGAGCUCUGAGGAAGAGUGGGAGACCUUCAAGAAAAAGACAUUCUACAAAAAGCUUGUUGCAACUUGGCCGAGAUUGAAGGGCCCUCCAGGGCCUCUUGGCCCCCCUGGGGAUGCUGGACCUCCUGGACCCCCAGGAAUUACUGGAAAACAAGGACAAAAAGGAGAUGGAGGGAAAAUCGUAGGUAUCUCCAUUUUAUCUGAAUUUGAUCAGAGUCUACACCGAGGCAUAACUUGUUUUGCCUGUGAGUUGAAACUCAGUCAAUGA